AUGGGACUAAACGACAGCAGCCCGGGCGCCAUGCGAAAUGGUCGCGGCCUCUCGGACCAGUGGGCUGAGUCAGUGGUGGUCCGGCCUCGAACCACCGAGCGCCACAUCACGGUGCACAAACGCCUGGUGCUGGGCUUCGCCUUGUCCAUCCUCACCCUCAUCAUCGUCACAGCCGUGGCCGUGGUGCUCAGCGUUCGUUUCGAGGAGUGCAGCGAGCAGAGCGGUGACGGAGCCACGGGGGAAUCGGGCUCCCGGGGUUCUGGAGGGUCGUCCCGGAUGAAUGGGAGUAAGGGGGAGAGGACUGGGGAGCGGGGGGACGAGGAGGGGGUGCAGCCCUGGAGGAACCUGCGGCUGCCGGGCUCGGUGAGACCACGGCACUAUGACCUGCGACUCGCUGUCAACAUGGAGAACUUCACCUUCUCUGGAGAGCUCAGCAUCGAGCUGGAGUGCAUCAACGCCACCCGCUUCAUCGUGCUGCACGCCGACCGCCUGGAGGUGGACCGGGUGUCCGUCACAGCCGAGGGCGGCGCCGGGGGUCGUCCUGCCAACCGGCCCGGGGGCGGGGUCAUGCGGGUGCACCGCCAUUUCUCCUUCCCGGCCAAUCAGAUGUACGUGGUGGUGCUGCACCGCGAGAUGAAGCCCAUGAGGCUGUACCGGCUGAACGUGAGCUUCGACGCCGCCAUCGAGGACGAGCUGCUCGGCUUCUUCCGCAGCUCGUACACGCUGCAGAGAGAGAAACGCUACUUGGCCGUGACUCAGUUCAGUCCGAUCCACGCCCGGAAGGCCUUCCCCUGCUUCGACGAGCCCGUGUUCAAGGCCACGUUCUCCCUCACGCUGCACCACGACCCGCAGUACACCUCGCUCUCCAACAUGCCGGUGGAGAGCAGCUCGCUGGGGGACGAGGACGGCUGGGUGACCAACCGCUUCGCCCGCACGCCGCGCAUGUCCACGUACUACCUGGCCUGGGCCGUGUGCAACUUCACCUACAAGGAGACGCAGACCGACAGCGGCGUGACGACCUGCUGGCGGUGCCCAAGCAUCCGUACGCCGCCAUGGAGAACUGGGGCCUGAGCGUGUUCGUGGAGCAGAAGAUCCUGCUGGACGCCGAGGUGUCCUCCUCGUCCUACCAGAUGGAGCUGACCAUGGUGGUGGUCCACGAGAUCUGUCACCAGUGGUUUGGUGACCUGGUGACCCCGGUGUGGUGGGAGGACGUGUGGCUGAAGGAAGGCUUCGCUCACUACUUUGAGUACGUCGGCACCGACUUCCUUUUCCCGAAGUGGAACAUGGAGAAGCAACGAUUCCUGACAGACGUCCUCCACGAGGUGAUGCUAUUGGACGGCUUGAGCUCCUCCCACCCCAUCUCCCAGGAGGUGGAGCAGGCGGCGGACAUCAACCGAGUCUUCGACUGGAUCGCGUACAAGAAGGGGGCAGCGCUGAUCCGGAUGCUGGCGAACGUGAUGGGACAGCCGCUGUUCCAAAGGGGCCUCAACGACUACCUGCUGAGUCACAUGUACAGCAACGCAGCCAGAGACGACCUGUGGAACAAACUCACUCAGGCCAUGCGUUCUGAGGGGCGGGACAUUGACAUCAAACAGAUGAUGGACAGGUGGACUCUACAAAUGGGAUACCCCGUCAUCACCAUCACCAAGAACCAAUCGGAGCAGCUGCCCACUCAUUACAUCAGCGUGAGCCAGGAGCACUUCCUGUACGGACAGGAAGCCAGGAGCAACAACAGUUUGCAGUGGCAGGUCCCUCUGACGGUGGCUGUGGGGAACACGUCCACCAUGAGUUCAGAGAGACUCCUCUGGAUCAACAACAGGACAGAGAUGCACAGGAUUGGUCAGAUGGACGACAGCACCUGGCUGCUUGGGAACAUUAACCAGACGGGCUACUUCCGGGUGAACUACGACCUCCAGAACUGGAAACUGCUGAUUCAGCAGCUCCACCACAACCCGGAGAUCAUCUCGGUGGGAAACAGGGCGGGGCUUAUCGAUGACGCCUUUAACCUGGCCCGGGCCGGGUACCUCCCCCAGGGUGUCCCCCUGCAGCUGAUUGGCUAUUUGCCCGAGGAGACAUCGUUCCUGCCGUGGCACUCUGCCAGCCGAGCGCUCUACCAGCUGGACAAGCUGCUGGACCGCACAGAGGAAUACAGCCUGUUCAGUGACUAUGUGUUGAAGCAGGUUGCAGCACGGUACCAUCAGAUGGGUUGGCCGACCGAUGUUCCAGGCAACGAGGGCAACGUCCUGCAGGCGUCGUACCAGACUGAGGAGCUGCAGAGGGAGCUCAUCAUGUUAGCUUGUAGCUUCGGGAACAAACAGUGCCACCGUCAGGCCGUCGCCUACAUUUCCGACUGGAUCUCCAGCAACAAGAACAGGAUUCCUCCCAACAUCCGAGACAUCGUGUACUGCACCGGCGUCAGCCUGAUGGACGAGGACGUGUGGGAGUUCAUCUGGAUGAAGUUCCACUCGACCAGCGCCGUGUCGGAGAAGAAGAUCCUGCUGGAGGCCCUGACCUGCUCCGACAACACUUUCCUCCUCAACAGGUUACUGAACCUGUCUCUGACCUCUGACCUGGUCCCGGAGCAGGACGUGAUCGAUGUCAUCAUCCACGUGGGCAGGAACCCGCAGGGUCGAAACCUGGCCUGGAAGUAUUUCAGAGAAAAGUGGGACAUCCUGAACGCUCGUUACGGUGAAGCGCUGUUCAUGAAUUCAAAGCUCAUCAGUGGAGUCACAGAGUUCCUGAACACGGAGAAAGAACUGAACGAGUUGAAGGAGUUCAUCCAAUCCAGCGGCGUGGGGGCGGGGCCUGCUUUGCCGCGGGCGCUGGAGAUCGUGGAGGGCAACGUGCGCUGGCACCGCCUCCACCGGCGGCUGUUCUUCCAGUGGCUGCGCAAACCCCCGAGCCCCGUCCUCGGCUAACGAGCCUAGCGCUAGCUCCAUUGGAGCGACUGCGAACUGACCGCUAAGCUCAUGCUAACGCAGCGCUAGCUUACACAUGCAGUCAGAAUGAAAAAGAGAAAGACUGACGUGACUCAGCCGGUUUAUGUUUUCAAAGAAACGUGAUUUCAAAACUUUUUAUUUCUGAUGGACUUUUUGGACGACUGGCUGAUGAACUGAAACUGGUUUUAAAUUGUAAUUAUUAAAGCUGAUAGCUAGCUAGCAGACACUGAUUCUGUCAAUGCUAGAUAACAGCUAGCCUCAAAACUCCCCCUGGAGGACAACAGAGAGAAGAACACGCUGAAAGAUAAACAAAAAUAGAAAUUGGAUCAAAACCAAAGAAUACGUCAAACCUUGAAAGUUUAACGUUUGAGUUUUAUUAGUCGCACAACAUGAUGAAAGUUAUAUGUCUCCUGCACAAUGUGUUGCAACAUUUAUCUGUAAAACAUUUGUCAACAAUAUUAAACAAACUCCACAAUAUAUAUGAUAAUAAUCAUUACAAUAUAAUAGGGACAUUUUAGAGAUCACUGCAGUCGGUGGUGGCUGCGAAGUUCACGUAUCGGAUUCUAUCUACAGUCAACUUUGGUUUAAAGUUGUUUUUCUGUUCUUGAAAAACUUAGAAGAACAAAGAAAACAACAAUACGACGCAGAUGCUUUUAAUCUCAGCAGCAGCUGCUGGUGCAUUCCCCCAAACCACCCUCGAGCAAGGCAGCGAGCGCUCCUGAUGUCUGGCUGACAGAGUCUGAAAACCACAGCCUUUCACGUUUAGUUCUACAUUCAUAUCUGUCACUUUCCAAUGUUUCCAUUGGCUGAUCACAGACUCACAGUGUGAAUCCGACCUCGUUCUGUUAAACCCGCUCUCAGAUAAACACAGAUCUCGAAUCAGCUGCGAGUCGAUCACUCCACAGAUCUGUGAACUCUCGGCUGACCUGUCGUCCUCUGAUCGCAGCUCGACUCGUUCACACUCGUUAACUCUUCAGCUCGACUUUAAACAGAAGCUUCAGCUUUUCUCUCAUGAUCCAAAACGCCGGUGGCCUGAAAGACGUCGGCCGGUUUGUGAAGCUCUGUCGGCGCCGAGCUUCAGAACUGAACUGGGAAUUUAAACACUCGCAAUUACUUCCCAGUUUAUUUCUAAACAGCAGAGAUCAGCACACGUGGGGGAAUAUUUCUUGUUGGAGAUUUUAGAGUAAAAAAACUAAUUAACGAGGCAAAAAGGAGUUUUCACAUAAAAGAUGAAUCUGACAUGAAUUCGAAAUUUUUAUUGAGCAACUUUUGCCUUUUUCAAAAAUCCACCUGAAACUGAAAGCUUUUAUUUUUAUGUUCCACCUUCUUGUGAAGAUGUGAUAUCAGUGCCAAUUUGAAUUCUCUUUCCUUUUAUUAAGUUGAAAGACUUUACAUCAGUGUUGAAUUUUGACAGAAAGUGUAAAAGGUGCAUCAAAUACAGAAAAUAAAUAACUUUCUUUAUUUGCACAACUGUCAAUGGUGAUUUUAAUUUGAAAUAAAAUAAUCUGCUCAUUUCUUUCUGGUCCUUUUGGGACGUUUUACCCAAACUAGUACAAAUAGAAAAUCCCACACGGUGUUAAAGAGAAAUAGGAAAUAGUUUUGGCACCGACUCCACACAUAUAACAUCCGUCAGCCAUUGAUGUUUCUCCUAAUUUAGUGACCUCGUAAAACCUGACAGUGACUCCGGAGAGGGACUAAUUUAAUAAAGCAGCUGACAGAUGGACGAGGUUGUGCACAGGAAGUUUCUUUGUGAGGAAAGUAAGAGGUGUCCGGGGAACGUAAAUGACACCACAACCUUCCUGACUGAGAACAACCUCGGAGAUCACAACCUCGGCCGAGCAGAAAAAAUAAUCACCUUUCAAAUCUCUGUGGUUUCACAAAGCACCAAAACAGGAAAAGAGUCGGUUGGAGCAUAUCGACCGAUCGGCCCACGUCUCUGUCCACAGACGAACAAGACACGAGUGGACUUUAAAUGGAGAGUAGUGAAACCGCGAUAAGGAAAAUGGCAGAUGAGGAAUCUGAGGCUUUUUGGGCUGAAAGAGAUGGUUUGGGUUUGGUUGUAUGCAGACGAUGCAGCUUUUUAAAUCCUCAGUGCACUUCUGCAGUUUGGUGAAAGACUCACAAUCCUCACGUUUGCAGAGUUGGACGGACGUUGCAGCUUUAAGAAGCACAGAGGUUGUUUUUUUAUUGUUUCAAUCAGAUCAGUGUUUAGAUGCUUUUCCCUUCACGGAUGGAAGGAUUAAUUACUGGACUUUAAACGAGGGGAAAUGAAAACGGGGCCAGAAAAUGGUAGAUGAGGAAUCUGAGUGUAGUCAGAUGAUGCAGCUUCUCAUAUCAGCUCAUCCUCAGAGGAACCGGUUGUUGAAAGAUGGAUUUCAAAGGAUCCAAUGAGUGUUCCAGCUUCAGUGGACGAUAUCGUUUUGCAGGGCGCCGAUUCUUGUGCGACGGGUUUUAUGGAAAUUGCAGCUUCACCUCUUCUGUUACAGCGAGAACAUCCUCCACCCAACUGACUGUAAACUCCACUUGUUCGGCUGCAUCGUGGGAGAACGUGGUGAAUUUUAAAAUAAUUAAAUCAGCAGCAGCAUGGAUUGUACAGUUUAAUGGAUCCCACAGCCGAGGAGUCGGACAGAGUGACAGGUCUAACACCACGGGGGAUGUUCCAGGAUGUUGAAGAUGUCGGGAUUCGACUCCAGAGACAGAAAGAAGAUGAAAUGAACUUCUGGAAAUUGUGCUGCGUUUAAUCUGCUUCCUGUUAAAGAGACUUUUAGAAGUUCCUCCUCGUCUGUUAGAUCCGGCUUCGAUGUUAAUAACUGAGCCAUAUAUGAGUUAAUGGGCCUGACUCUUACACACUGUGUGUCUAGUUGUGUGUGUGUGUGUGUGUGUGUGUGUGUGAGACCAAGAUGAUGGUGAUAACUGCAGCGGCGAUGGUGACUGCUCACAGUGAUUAAAAUUGCGAUAAUUAAAACUGUUGUGAUUAUGAUGAUGACUUAGGCUGAUGGUUGAUCUAAUGAUGAUGAUGGAGUCACUAAUGAUAUUUGUCGAUGAUGUGAAUCAGUAUUAUUAUAAUUAAUAUGCUAAUUAUUCCGUGCAUUUUGAAUCUUUAUUAUCCUACUUCAGGAAAUUUGGUUAAAAGACGUAAAACACACAACAAAUCUUUUCUCUGUAAAUGACACAAACCUGAUAUUUGAAACUAAAUGAGAGAUGUUCGCUGUGACGAUGGAUCAUAAUCACGAAGGAGAUGAUGACGUAAUGAUGACGACGACUUGGGACCAAAAUAUGACAGUGACAGGAAGUCGUAGAGAAAAGUUCAAAUCCUACUUCCUGUUUGCCCUGCUGUGGUUUCCUGUAUUUUCUGAAUGGACAAAAUUAAAAUGGUUAAUCUUA